AUAGGUCACCCACUAAUAACCACAGAGGUAUGGCGAAAGGUGGGAAUGAGAAAAAUGGCCGAUCGUCGGCAAAUCAAACAAAUCCUGAAGCAGAAGAACGGAAAAGACUCAGAAAACUCGCAAUUUCAAAGAACUUACUCUCUGAAUUUCCGGCGAAAGCUUCGUCACUGUCUCUAAACCCCUCCAAGACAGUGAUUAAACAUCACGGUAGAGACAUACUCAGGAAAUCAAACCGGAAGAAUCGGUUUCUAUUCUCAUUUCCGGGGUUACUUGCUCCGGUUUCCGGCGGAAAGGUUGGCGAGCUCAAAGAUCUCGGCUCCAAAAACCCUAUUCUCUACCUCGAUUUUCCCCAGGGCCGGAUGAAGUUGUUUGGGACUAUUGUAUAUCCCAAGAACAGGUACUUGACGCUGCAGUUUUCUAAAGGUGGGAAGAACGUGAUGUGUGAAGAUUACUUCGAUACCAUGAUUGUAUUUUCUGAUGCAUGGUGGAUUGGAUCCAAGGAAGCGAAUCCAGAAGAAAUCCAACUCAGCUUUCCAGAAGACAUGAAUAUGGAACAGCAAAAUGAGUAUGAUUUCAAAGGCGGUGCAGGUUCAACAUGUGAAAGAAUGCAAGGAGUAGACCAAAUUAGAGCACAUGAACCAGAUCAUGAAUUUUCUGACAGUGAAAAUGAUCCAAACGAUUUGAUUCAAACAACUGCAACUAGGCACUCAUCAAGGAUUUCUGGAAAAUCAUUAAAGGCUGCAGUAUCUUCUUCUGCAGACGAUGCAUUUGAUUUGGAUGUUAAGACCAAAUCUUCUGAUGGGGAAGAAAAUGAAAUUGGUGGAAGUACAAUCAGUGGCGGUAAGGAUGCUAUUGAAACAGAAGUUACUAAAGUUUCUGAACAACUUUCAGAAAUUAGUACAUCGGCAAUAAAAUUGAAGGAGGUUUCUCAUAGUAAUCACGGUUCUCUUGUUCAGGCCACUAUAUCUACAUUAUUCAAGAAAAAAGAGGAAAAGAUGGCAAUAAACACAUCAACACCCCCAACAUCAUCAAAAGUUUCUAGAAAAAGAUUGCAGGAGCCACGAUCAGAAGAGAAGGUUGAUCAAAGUAAAGUAAGCGGAGCAAGGCAAAAGGGAAAAGCACUUGAAGAAAGAAAAAUUGCUACAAGAUCUACCCCAAGGAAGAAACAGCCUAAGGUUUCUGAUGACGAAAUCGAAGACAUAUCAGAUCCAUCACAGGACUCAAGUGAUGAAGAGUGGGGUGCUUGAUAUAUUAAGUUCCCUUCUAGAAGAGAUUUCUCGAGCUGACAGACUCGAAUAAACCGUCAACGAAAUUCUUGUAUCUGCUAUUCAUUCGGAAUCCAUCUGAAAAAGAAACCCGUUUUCUAGAGUGCUCGUGAAUCUAUCAGGAAAGCUUUUCGAUGUUUAGGAUAGGAGUCGAGAGCAACGGACGAAACUGUAUGUGUAUGUUUCUCUUGUGCACGACUUAAAUGAUACCGAAACCGUGGCGCAAGAAGUGUUUUUCAUGUGUUUGAUGUAUGUCUUUGUUUUUGUCGG